AUGAGACUCGCGCCCUCACCGAGGGUCGAGCCACCGAGCGUCGAGCCCGCCCCUUCGCAGGAGGACCCGACGUACGUGCCUGCGGACGUGGCGCAGGCGGCGGAGGGCGCGCUCGCAGAGGCCAAGGAGGGGGAGCGGGCCGCGGCGGAGGCGCUGUUGGUGCAAGACGCGCCCGCGCAGGUGGGAGAGGCGGCGCAGGCCGGCGGCGAGGGAGGAGGGGAGGGGCUCGCGGCGCGGCAGAGCACGGGGCAGCGGCUCGAGGAGAUCCAGGCGGAGAUCCGGAGCGUCAAGGAGAACCUCAAGGCGCUGCAGGACGAGAUCCGUGCCGUCAGCCAGGCGACGGACGUGUGA